GCCAAUCUCACUUCAGGAUACAACCGACACACUCCUCUCUCUCUGCGCAUCUUGACCUAAUAGCUGUGUGUGUGUGUGUGUGUGUCUGUGUAUGUUUGUAAAGCAAACUGAUUCCGAUUUUGUGAAAUCUUGUGAGAGCCGGUGGGGCUGCACCGCUCCACAUUUUUGCGCAACUAUUUUCAUUUAUCCAGCGUCACAGCUAUUAGCUGAAGAAAACCAUGAUCCGAGAUUGUUUCUGCAUCCGGCGCGCGCUUUGGAUCGCUGCUCGUUCCGGACUGUUAAAGCGGUGCUGAAAACCGCUGCACUCUGUUUGUAUAACUUUGAUCGCGGUGGUGACGGGCGAUCACUGAAGUCUAAAACUCUCUCCUCUGUCAGACUCAUGGCUCUGUGGAGAAUGGAACUGAUCAGACUCUGUUUGCUCCAGCUGGCUGUAAUAGGAGUGCCCUCGCUGGUGUCAGCGGGGCAGUGGGACUGCCUGACUGCAGGCGAUUCAUGCUCCGGUGAUGAGGCUUGCAGUCCACGACUACGAACCUUGCGUCAGUGUGUGGCGGGUGGAGGGAGUGUGAAGUUGGGCCCAGGGGCUCGUAACCACUGCGAGAACGCUGUGACCGCUCUGCUAGCCAGUCCUCUCCACCGCUGCCAGUGUAAACGUGGAAUGAAGAGAGAGAAGAACUGCCUCAGCAUCUACUGGAGCCUCAAGCAGUCUGUAAUACACGGGCUAAACCUUGUAGAGAGUUACCCAUAUGAGCCUGUGGAAAGAGGGUUUGAUUAUGUUCGACUGGCUUCCAUUGCUGCAGAGUCUGAGGCUGGUAUGGCGACGGUGAAUCAUUGUCUGGAUGCAGCUAAAGCCUGCAAUGUAGAUGACACGUGCCAGAAGCUGCGCACAGAGUACGUGUCGGCCUGCAUUGCCCCAUCAGUGAAAGCUGGGGCUUGUAACCGCAUGCGCUGCAACAAAGCGCUGCGAAAGUUCUUUGACCGUGUGCCACCUGACUACACACACGAGCUGCUGUUCUGCCCGUGUUCAGACACAGCAUGCUCUGAGCGCCGGCGCCAGACCAUCGUCCCUGCGUGCUCAUACGAGGAAAGAGAAAAACCCAACUGCCUGUCUCAGCUGAGCAGCUGUGAGGAAGAACUUGUGUGCAAAUCUCGUUGGGCCCAGUUCAAGCAUGACUGCCAGCCCUCAGAGCUCACUGCCAGCGGCUGCCAGCAAGAGAACUAUGGGGCCUGCCUCAUUGCCUACACUGGUCUGAUAGGAACCACUAUCACCCCAAACUAUCUGGAUAACUCCACAUCUAAUGUGGGGCCGUGGUGCUCGUGUGCAGCCAGUGGGAAUCACAGGGAGCAGUGUUAUGACUUCCUUUUCCACUUCCAUGACAACAUCUGUCUAAAAAACGCUAUCCUCGCCUUUGGCAACGACACUGACUCCAAAUCAGCAGCUAACCAGCCAGGAUCAGCCAGUCCAAGGACCAACACUCCCAAUCGACACCUAGCUACCAGUACCAUAACCACUACCACCGUCUCAAUUAAUGCGGAAAGCCAGCAGAAUAUUUUCCAUCCACAAAUACCCACCCAGAUGAACGAGAGAGACAGACUACUGAGUGACUCUACCCUCCCGUUACCUGAUCUGUACGACAGCAGCCCUGGAUGCACUGACCUGGCAGUGACAGCUUUUCUCCCCACCAUCCUGUUGCUGGCUUUUCAUUUCUAGAAACAAGCCAGCCAAUCACAGCUCAGCAGCAUGGAGUUGGGUUGGGACAGUGUGUAAGGCUUUUCAUCAAACCCCUCUGGUGAGAAAACGGACGAGUGAAUAUAAGAGCACAAAAUUGAGAGAACUAUCCAAAAAAGACUACGACCCAAGUUUCCAGCCCACAAUGUGAAGUAGUGAUUUAUUUUAUGAGCACAGUUCUAUGACUGAUACUUGAGACUGAACUGCAGUAAAGCGUGUGUAUACGUGUGUGUGUAUGUAUGUGUGUAUGUCUAUGUAUAAAACUUUCUAUGAAGGCCUGUGUUGAAAAAGAAAAAAAAAAAAAGAAAAAAAGGAACAUACUUUGAAGUGCAAAAAAAAAAAAAAAAAAACUGAAAUAACUUUGUGGCUUAUCAUAUAGUCCCUAAUCAUUAUUAUUUCAAUAACUAUUUUUUCAGAUACAGUGAUUUUGGUACAUCAGUAUUGAUGAAUCAGGUCCGUUCUGCAGCAUGCAUUAGGGACAGAGCACAGUGACGAGUGUCUCAUUCAGGAGCUAGUGUUUGUGGUGAUGAUGACUCUUCACAGGAAGAUACUUUAUGCUGAUGGAAUCGCAGGGAUGUUUAAAUAAUAUGACCUACUUUAUUUUUGUAAUGUGUGGAAAAUACUCAUAUUUCAUUAGUGAUAUCCUCUCGUUACAGUCAUGAUUUUUUGUCCUCGGUGGGUGAUGUCUGCAAAUUACACACCUUUGCUUUAACCUCAGACUUAAUGAACUGCCAUGUAUUUGAUCUGUUCAGUGAAUUAUGAGUGGAAAAUCACUUUUUACUUUCAGCAAAUGCUUUGUAGACCACACAUGCUGGGACACAACACAAGAGUUUACACUGAACUGCUAGUUUAUUCUAUAAACCCAUCCCCCACCUUCACAAAAACGAAACCUUCCCACAAGCUAUAUGUCAAAUUUCUGGGAUGUAUGGUAUAAAUCAAGGAGACCAAACAGCAACACUUACUGUUCAGCUAAGCAAUGAGUGGAAUACAUUAAACGUGUGACCAAUGUGGCUAUGACUGGUGUUGCUAGAUGUGACAGAUACACAUCUCACAAAUGGAUCUAGUCCUGGGCUUGUCACGCACAACUGGUUUACAGAGAAUUGUGUGAAAUGCAAAACGACUACGAGUGAUUAGAGAUCCUGUGGAUGAAAACACUGUGUAGAUCUAAGGAGAUUUCUGAGAACUUUGCAAGCAAACAGACCAGCCACAGCCACAAAUCAGCCCUGGUGUGUGAUCUCCAAAUCCUCCGCUUACCAGCUACAACUGUCAGAAACCAGCAGCAAAGGCUAAGAUGGCACAUCAUAAGUCAAAAUUGGAACUCUGAGGAUUGAAAUUCUUUUCUUGUCAAAUGAAUCCAGGUUACUUUUGCACCAUGAUGCACUGCUGGAGGAUCAGAUUGAGAAUAACAUGAUUCCACGGAUACUUGCAGUCUGAUAACGUAUCAUAUAACACAGCUCAUGUUGUUGCUGAAUGGCUCCAGGAAAAUGAGAGCAAAUUGUUAUUGCUUCAGUGGCCUACACAAUCCCCAGACCUCAACAGCAAGACUGAGGCGCCACACGCUACUAGGUACUUAAUGAUCAGGCAACACAGUGGCAUUGAGAAAGCCUUUAAAACAUGCUUGUUUUUAAAGAAGAUCCACAAAAAUUAGUCACACAACUAACUUAUAUCAGAUGACAGAGUCACUUCUCUCAGCAUUUGGAUGUCAUUAUCCACUUUCACACAACAGCAAAACACAAGCACUUAAAACACUUACAUUCGGCUGCAUGGACUCCAGGAGCCAGUGCCUGUGGACGUGGAAAUCUAAAGACCAUCAGCAGCCAGUGGAAAAUGAAGCACAGCUCAACAAAGUGAAACCUUUUGUGUAUUUGAUAUGCAGGAGCCAUAUUUCUUUACAUUUUUUUUUUGCUUGCUGCAAAAUUUAUUGACCAAUCAUCUUCUUCGGACACAAAAAAGGACAUGGUGUUGGCAAGUGGGCAGGGUUUGUUUAAUAUAAUUGUAAUUUCUUGAAAAAU